CGUACUCGUGAGAGGGCCACUUCCAAGCUUCCAUGGCUGACUUGAAUUCUUCUCCCUUAAUCUCGUACUCCGACAGGAGAGCGCUUAGGCUUCUCUCAGACAACGCCUCUUAUCCUCUUUCUUCCUUCCUUCCAGCCACACCCCCGCCACCGCAGCUUGACAGCAGCAUAAAGCACCGCAUAAGGCCAUUCAUCCGACGUAGCUCGGUGCAAGAGGAGGAUCAUCGCGAGGGGAGAUGAGCCGCUCUGGAUCGUCGGAGAUGACACUUUGGUUCUCUGUUCUCAUUCUUUUGAGCGUCUCCGCCGUCGCCCAUCAUUUGGGCAACGAGACCAGCACCAAAGGUUUCAUAAGCCUCGACUGUGGAGGCGCCGCAAACUCCAGCUAUGAAGUCGAGAGCACGGACAUAGAGUACACCUCCGAUGACCGAAACAUAAGCGCCGGAGAGAGUCACAGCAUCGCAUCCAAUUACUUGAACUCGGUCUCAACACCACUACAGAACCUGAGAAGCUUCCCCAGUGGCUCUCGAAACUGCUACACCCUGACGACGGUGCAAAAGAACACGGCGUAUCUCGUGCGAGCAACCUUCAUGCACGGAGAUUAUGAUGGCUCGCGAAGCGCCGGCGGUGGCGCUCUGCCGCUGCAGUUUGACCUCCACAUCGACGUCAAUUUCUGUAAGACCGUGAACAUCACGGACGCAUCCACAGCCUACGCCGUUGAGGUCGUCGUCUACUUACUGGCCGAUUCCGUGUCAGUGUGCCUGAUAAAUACUGGUUUCGGCACCCCUUUCAUAUCUGUUCUGGAGUUGAGGCCAUUGAACGAGGCCCUCUAUACUGACGUUCUAAGCGGUACCACGAGUCUCGUCCUCUUCGUUCGACUCGACUUGGGAACCACGGCGAACGAGGUGGUAAGGUAUCCCGAGGACCGGUAUGAUCGGCUGUGGGAACCGUUCGUCUCCUGGUCCGAGAGGCUCCAUUUCCAGCCAUCUUUGGACUCCCUAAACACCACCUUGAACGUAACGAACAGCGUCGGUGAUCGGGUCGAGGCGCCGUUGGUGGUCAUGCAGACCGCGGCCGUCCCCCUCAAUUCCGACAAGUUGGAGUUCUACUGGGACUUCGCGGACUCGGGCGCCCCCGUCAACGAGUUCUACGCCAACCUCCUCUUUUCGGAACUUCUCCCGAACAACUCGCGGGCGUUCAACAUUUACCUCAAUGGCCGCAGCUUGUCCAACGACUACACCCCGCCCCAGCUCGUGUCGGACACCGUAAACAACGGUAACCGCCCCUUGACCCCGAGUCCGCGGUACCAGUGGACUCUCAACUCAACCAACUCGUCCUCCCUUCCCCCAAUCCUGAACGCGCUCGAGGUCUACACGCUUAUGCAUCUCAAGAACAACCUGACCGAUUCCGACGACGUUGCCGAAAUCAACAAGAUCAGGGUUCAAUAUAGUGUGAAACGAAACUGGAUGGGAGAUCCAUGUACUCCAAGCCAAUAUGCUUGGGAAGGCUUGAACUGUAGCAGCUCCGGUACUGACCUAACAAGGAUCGUGGCCAUAAAUUUGUCUUCAAGUGCAUUAAAUGGCCCGAUAUCCCCUAAUUUUGCGAUGCUCGAAAGAAUCGAGUCCCUUGAUUUAUCUCACAACAAUCUGACGGAAUCAAUACCUGAUGAUCUAGGAAACUUGCCAUUGCUUCGUGUCUUAGAUCUGUCAGGAAACGAUCUUACUGGAGAAAUUCCUGCUUCUUUACGUCAAAAAUCAGAUGCAGGGACACUGACAUUUCGAUAUGAUGGCAAUCGAUAUCUUUGUAUUAAUGCAACUUUUUGUGAGGCAACUCCUGGAAAAAGUACAUCAAAGAAGAUCUCAACAGUAGUUGUUGUGAUUCUUUGUCUAAUUGCUCUGCUACUACUUCUGGGGGUCAUAUUCUUCGUGUGGAAACUGAGAAAGUCAUCAGGUAAAAUCUCCAAAUUAGUAAGAGGACAUCGAGAUAACCCAUUCCAACUUGAGAACCGACAGUUCACUUACGAGGAGUUGGAGAAAAUAACCAACAACUUUAAAAAUGACAUUGGAAAAGGUGGAUUUGGUACUGUUUACCAUGGUUGCUUAGAAGAUGGUACUCAAGUUGCAGUCAAGCUGCGCUCUCAUUCAUCAUCACAAGGCACUAAAGAGUUUCUAGCUGAGGCCCAGAAUUUAAUAAGGAUUCAUCAUAAGAACCUUGUUUCUUUGGUUGGUUACUGCAUGGAUGGAGAUCAUCUGGCGCUGGUCUACGAAUUCAUGUCUUUGGGAACCUUACAGGAUCAUCUUAGAGGUAAGUCCAGCGGUGUCACCACUUUGACUUGGGGACAGCGUCUUCAGAUUGCAGUAGAAGCUGCACAAGGCCUGGAAUAUCUGCAUAAGGGUUGCAGACCGCCACUAGUCCAUAGAGAUGUGAAGACCACAAACAUCCUGUUGAGUGACAGUCUAGAAGCCAAGAUAGCAGAUUUUGGUUUGUCCAGGGCUUUUCAGAAUGAUGUCGACAGUCAUGUAUCCACAACUGUGGUUGGCACACCAGGAUACCUUGAUCCAGAGUACUAUUUCACCUACCAACUCAGCGAGAAGAGCGAUGUCUAUAGCUUUGGGGUGGUUCUAUUGGAGCUCAUCACUGGCCAACCUCCUAUUCUAAAACAUCCUCAACAUAAUGCUAGUUUAGUUCAAUGGGUGCACCAAAGACUCGCGACAGGGAAUAUCGAGGACAUUGUUGAUGCAAACCUGCAGAGUCUAUAUGAAGUGAAUUCCAUCUGGAAAACUGCUGAUAUAGCAUUUAAAUGCACAUCACGAACCUCCCAACAAAGGCCGACAAUGACUGAUGUUUUGAUGGAUCUUAAGGAGGGCUUGGCACUCGAGCUCGCUCGUGAGACAUCUGAGCUCCCAUCUAUGAGCGGCAAGAACUUGGAUGCAGAAAAUACUGGAAUAAGUCAGACUAGUACAAAUGAAAUACAAUACCUCGUGGGGUUUUCUCCAGCCGCAAGAUAAUGCCACCUGAGUAUUCUGUAUCUUGGAUCUCUGCACUUCCCAGAAGCUUUCUUUUAGUUAGUAUGGCUUUGUAGUUUGUUGUAUCUCCUUAAGUUCAAACUUAUUUCUAUACUGUCACUAAAAAUCUUAGUAGUCAUGUAUUCAUUUAUCAAUCCCACUGUGUUUUACCAUUUGCUUCAA